CCCCUCCGCCUCCUCCGGAGAGAAAGCCUUGUGGCCCGUCGGCAGUCGCGCGGUCGUCCCUUCUCGACGCGGGAGCUUCGGUGGGCGUCGCUGCGCCACCACCCGCACCGGAACCGACCACACCGCGGGGCAUGGCGACCUCGUCGAGCCUGGCCAAGCCGGCGCUACGAAGGCAACUCGUAGGCUAGAAAAUGGGUCUGGUGAGCCCGGGCCGCAAGUCGCGGCCGCCGCUACUCAUGUUGUUGUUGGCCGCGCUGGUGGUGGAUCGGACGUUGGCGGCGCCUUCGACGGACUCCCUCGUCUCCGACACGGCAGCUCUGACUUUCCUGGAGCGGUUCGGCUACAUGGGCGACACGAGCAGUGGCUCGGUGCUGCCGUCGGACAACCUGCGCACCGAGGAAGGCUUCCGUGCGGCGCUUCGGCGCAUGCAGAAGUUCGCCGGUCUGCCGGCCACCGGACACCUGGACCAGGCCACGGCGCGUAUGAUGAAGGCGCGACGCUGCGGCGUUCCCGACGUCAUCGGACACGCCGAGCGCGUCCGCCGCUACGCGCUCCAGGGCUCCAAGUGGGACAAGACGCACCUCACAUGGAGCGUGAUGGACUUCCCGUCCCGCGCGGACCGUUCCAUGAUCCGGAGCCAGAUCGGCAAGGCCCUGCGGGUGUGGUCGGACGCGUCCAAGCUCCGCUUCACCGAGAUCUCGCCGCAGAGCGUGAGGUCGGACGCCAAGGGGGCGGCCGACAUCGCGGUGACCUUCGCGCGCCUCGACCACGGCGACGGCUACUCGUUCGACGGACCCGGCACCAUCCUGGCUCACGCCUUCUUCCCGGGGGACGGCAUGGGAGGCGACGCCCACUUCGACGCCGACGAGAACUGGAUCACGGGGACGCCGCAAUCCAACUCCAACGAAGUGAGCCUGUUUGCGGUGGCUGCCCACGAGUUUGGACACUCCUUGGGCCUGUCCCACUCGUCGGUCCCAGGGUCCCUCAUGUACCCCUACUACCAAGGAGUCAAGGAAGACUUUGUGCUGCCUUACGACGACAAGAUGGGGAUUCAAAGGCUCUAUGGACUCAAAUACACGACCAAGUGGGCGCCCAUGGAUCCCAUCUCCCCCAGGACGAGCACGCGCCCCCCCAAGACUCCUGAGCGCCCCGACCAGCAGCCGCCUCCCCGGGAACCUCAGGACCCCAGGAGAGACCCCCUUACCCCAACCGUAGCACCUGACAAGCCAGACCCCUGCCUCACGGGCAUCGACGCUAUUUCUGUGAUCCGCAGGGAAGUCUUCAUCUUUAAGGGCCAAUAUUUCUGGAGGAUCAAUGACAAUGGGCUGAAUCCAAACUACCCUGUUGAAAUUCGUGUCUUUUGGUAUAACUUCCCUAAAAACCUAGAGAAGAUUGAUGCCGUCUACGAACGCCCAGAUCAGAACAUCGCUUUCUUCUCAGGGAAGAAGUACUGGUUGUUCAGUGGCAACAGGCCGCUGCCCGGCUACCCACGGCCACUAACUGACCUGGGACUGCCUGCCACGCUGACCCAUCUGGACGCUGCUCUGGUCUGGGGCCACAACGGCAAGACCUACUUCUUCAGCGGAGACAAGUACUGGCGCUACGACGAGACCGAUCGCAGCGUGGAGCUGGACUACCCGCGCCACAUCCGCAUGUGGAGAGGGGUGCCUCAGGGCGUUGAUGCCGCCUUCCAAUACUCAGACGGCCAGACUUACUUCUUCAAGGACCACCAUUUCUGGCGGUUCAACGACCGGCGCAUGCACAUCUACAACCGAACCCACAGGGUGGGCGAGUGGUUCGGAUGCCCCGUGGCGAAGCCCUCCUACGCGGACGAGCAGAGCAGCGCGGGUGCCGGCAUCGCCUUAGCCCACGGCACCUCGUGGGUCGUCCUCGCCUCCCUCCUCGCGAUGGCCCUUGCCGGCCGAUCCUGAUUGGCGCUGCGGUUUAAGUCGACCGCGUGGCACUUCAGAGGAAUCACGUGGCUCUGCUUCUUUGAUCGAUGCGUCGUGCUCUCCAUAUGCUUUUUCCUCCGUCGGCCAUUGUCGAUCGUGCAUCUGGGCAACUGGCAGUCAAAAAACGACGGGGCCUGCAAGCUUUUCGAAAGCCUUUAAGAGGUCUUCAAAUGCUCGAAGAACACAAUUAUUCCCCGAAACUGAGCGACAAUAUGCUUGAGAAAGUCUAGCAAGCAGAUGGUUACGUUCAUACGCUCUUUGCUCGAAACUGCCAGCUAUUGUCGAUGCGGUAUGGCGGCAAUGUUAGUCGGUGAUCCUCUUGCUUUGAAAAGUCUUAAGUGGUCUACAUGAUUUUCUGGCUAGAGGCUGAGAGUUGAUGAAAGGAAUGCGAAUGCUCGAAGGAUGGGACCCUGCGACUGCAAGACGCGGCCGACGAACGACCAAGGCAAGGAGACAACGCCGGUCGAGUUCGGCGCACCGUGUGCAUCGUUUCCAGUGUGAUAUUCAGGUGCAAGACUGUGGCACUUGCUUUAUUUAUUUUCCCAGUGAACUCUCGUGGACUCAGUGCAUUUGCAUCACCCUAUAUAUACUCUAUAUACACUGCAUCUGCGCACUAGUUUAGGUACACUUCUUGUAAAGAGAAUGCUUGGUGCAAGUGUUGGACAAUUGAAACGACAAAUGGUUGAUAGCAAAGCUGGAAAAUUUAUAAAUAGUGUUGCUGUUGAAAUUGUGUCUGGCAUCAGUAACUCGCAAAUGUCAUUGAUGCCAAAGACAAGGAAUACCGUAUUUACUCGAGUAAUAGCUGCCUGCACACACCCCGUUCAGCAACUCAUCGUGUCCUUGGUGAGAAACAUAGCGAAUAACGAGGUUGUGAAAAUGAUUCUGCAAGCAGGAAUGCGAUAUGCACUGAAUCUUGGGCAUGGGAAACUUUGUGUGCAGUGUCGCAGCAGAGAUAGCAUUUUUGCGUGGGGUCAUUCUCUCUCGUGUCAAUUCUUUGCCCCUUUUGUUGAUUGCUAUGAUUGGCCAUGCAGGUGCUCUGCUGAAAAGUGCACAGGCUUUGCUCAAAAACAGUGUGGCCUUUACUAUAGUAAGUACAGCAUUUCUGGUGCGUCAUAAUCAAUCCGUAUGCAAAUUAGCCAAUGCCUCAACUUUUCAGGGAAGAGCAGCACAUUCGCGAAACAAUAAAGCACAAUCUAUACAGAAACUAAGACCGAAUGGCAAGCACAAGAUAAACACUUUUUAGGGGCACCGUUAUGCUAUGUCCCCACCUAUAUGCUUUCAUUAUAUUGACGUGGUUGUGGAAAGCAGGCAGAAUGAUAGUAGAAAAAGGAACAGGAAGGAAAUCCGUACGACACUCGCAUCAAGCAUUCGCUCCAUUUGCUCACAUGUUUUGUGUGGUGUGUCUUAUGCAUAUGGUCGAAGGAAAAGUUUUGCAAUGUCUUUCAUCAUUUUAUACUCCUGAUUAGCCAUUACCUCAAAUGAGAGAUUUACGAUUGUGAAGUUGCAAUGCCAAGCAAAGCAAGCAAGGUACUCCGUUGGGUAUCCUGCAGGUGCCUCUACUUUAAUAAGCUGCGCACAUUUCUCGUCUAUUUUGAGACGGUUUUACAAAGUCAGUGCUCCAUGUUCUGUUGCUGCCUGUCCGUGUCUGACUUGGUCCCAGUUGUGAUUAAGCUUCUGCCUGAAAAUGGCCAUUAAUGCUCUUUGACUACUACAAGUAACCAGCAUAUUUAUGAGAGGAUCAAGAGAGAUGUCACUAAGAGUGUUGAGGAAGAGAGCUUGUGAAGGGCCUUUAUAUAUUCUUUUAUGGUAAUAUACAAUUUUUGUAAAUAGCCAGCAUGUACAUAUUUACUUUUCUUCUGUUGUACAUAAAAGGGUAAAAAGGUUGUUUUGAACUACUAUAAAUUAAACUUUUGAAAGCCCCCAAAUACUACAGAAACGUUAUGUGGAUAAAUCUUUGUAAUGAGUGCCAGUGACGCUACCUUUUCUAGUCAGCCAUUUUUACAGGGCAAUUUGAAUUGCAACAGGUUUAGGAAUUGGGUAGAAACCUUAUUUAUUUUGUAUCACUUCACUGUGUGAAGGUUUGGAUUGCAGACUACCUCACCAAAAAGUGUGCAGGUUUAAACAAAACAUGAUUGUUCUCGAGUAGCGAUUUCAAACAUAAUAAUACUAAAAUUGAGCACCACACUUUGUUUGUAGUCACCAGUGCUUGUUCCAUUUACUACCAUGCCAUUUUGAGUACCAACUUUGCACAACAUGGUAACACUGAGUUCAUUGUAAAAGCAUUGUUUAAAAAUAUGAGCUAAUUCGCAUCCCUCUUAUCAAAGAAUAAGAGGUUAUUGAAUGGGGAUUUUUUACACUCAUGUGAGAAACAUUCUGGGGCAGUAUACAGCAGAAAGUGUGGCUGUUUGUACUUUGCAUUGCAUUGAGGGCUCUGUGCACAUCCUCAUGUAUCUAUUAUUAGUACUGAAAUGUGCUAUAACCUUCUUUUCCUUUAAAAUGCCACUCUAAUAUUUAAAAAAAAAGGGUUUUACUGAAAAUUUCACAUUUAGACGAGCUAAGUGCCCACGAAAUUUUAGCUUGAUAGCAUCUAGUAAAGCGUGUGUAGCAACUGCACCCAAAAAAAAGUGAUUUUGCAACUUCCCCAAAAGUGUUUCAUAAUGCUGCAAGCAAUAGGGCAUCCUUAAUGCAACCAUGUAUGUCAAAGCUUAUAUUCUGGACACUCUCAGGAGUGUAUAGUGACAAAAUAAAAAUAUAAUUAGGGGAACCUUCAGAUUUUGAGGGGGUUUUAAGAUGGUAGUUUUAUUCAGAACAUUGAGGACACGUUUGAAAUUAUGCCAAUUUGCUCACUGCACCAAAUUCAAAACAGGAAUUUGUCUGACUAUAUUUGGCAAAGUUAGCAUUUUGGUUUACAGAGACCAAAAAAAAAAUUUGCUAAAAUGAUUAUAAGAAGUGCUGCUAACACACCAAAAUAAUGUUAGUACAUAAUGAAUUAAUGGUAGUAUCUGCCCGCAAUUGCCAGCAAAUAUAUUAAGAGAUUGUGUCAAUGGCCUACUGAAUGUUUUAAUAAGAUCUAAAAGCAGCCGGCCAUCUUUAAGACAGUGCUCUUUCUACAUGGGAUUCUUGGCAGUCAUAGGGUUUUCACCUGCUGCAAUCCAUGUCGCUGAAAUUCGUAAAAACAAGUAGUCUGUUGUGCUUACUCUUUUUCUGUAAGUGGCCCAACAUCUAGAAGCUGAGCAAAUUCUCAGCCAAGGUAGCUUUUCUGACAGAGUGCCAUGUUUUUUUGCUCGAGACCAAGGCGUUUUCGAAUUUCUUUGGUGAUAUUGCAACAAGAAAUGUAGCUGCCAAGUGCCCACAAUGCUUAUGAUUAUGGUAAAUAUAUUCACGCUUUUCUGAAAACUCACCAUUUACAAGUGAGUGUAAAGGGGUGGUGAAGCAAACAUUUCAGUGUCCAUAAUAAGUGGCGCACAAUCUUUCCACAAGCCAGCCGCUACCGGAGUGCACGAGCACAAGCAGCGAAAUUGACGUAAUAGACCUCCAUUCACGCUUAGGAUGACAGCGAAAUGUCUAAAAGGAGAAUAAAGACAGGCUUUUCAUCUCCACAGUGGGGUCUGGUGUCAAAAGUGGGCGAUUAACUGGUCUAACAAGCAUGUAGCUUUCACCUGUGGAAAUGAAAAGUCUGUCUUUAUUCUCCUUUGGUCUGGAGCCCAUACAUUUCACUGUCAUCUUAAGCGUGAAUGGAGGGCUACGACGUCAUUUUCGUUGCGUGUGCUCGUGCACACCGGCGGCUGCUGGCAGAUUGUACGCCACUUAUUAUGAACACAAAAAUAUGGUUCAGUAUCCCUUUCAUUUAUUAGUGAAAGUCUUUUGCGCAAGGUUUCGAUUAUGCUGAAGUAUGUUGCCAACCUUAUCUCAGAGUGCACAGUUUUGCAAUUUUGCAAUAAACAUUUCCGAAAGCAUA